ACCCGUCUGCCAAGAGCAGCCUGUUCCCUCAGGGAGCAGAGGCUGCCCUUUGAUAGGGGGUUUGGGGUCAGGGAGUGGGCCUUCGGGGGUCUUAGACUGUCACAGGGAAUCCAGAAAGCCAUGCAGAGCCUUGAGCCAUGAAGGACUGCUCAGAUAUCAUCCUCUGUGUGGAGGCGACAGAGCUGAGCAAGAGUGAGUUCUGCAACCCUGCAUUUGAGCCCGAGUCAGGGCCAACUUGCUCCACCCCGGUCUUCCAGGAGGAUGCCAGCUGCAGCACCCGAGCUCCCUGGCACGGUCGGCGUCCCCGAGGGCUGCAGCCAGACUGCCACUUCUCCUGGCUGUGUGUCCUCCUGCUGGCCAGCCUGCUGCUCCUGCUGCUCGGGCUUCUGGUGGCCAUCAUCCUGGCCCGUAAGUAUCCGGGCUCUGCCUGGGAGAAGGGCUUCAGAAUGGGACUCCAGGAGCUGCUCUGUCCGUCCACCACCAAGGACCCAGCUCCUCUGAAUUCCACUCCCGUCAUCCCACCCCAAGAGUUGCAGGCUACCCCGCCAUCCAGGGCCUCCUAUCAUCCGCUGCCUGCCCACGGCCUCACCACCACUGCCCCGCAGGCAACUGGGAGCCCUAAAGGACAGCAGGAGGCAGGCAUGAGCCCCACACCACAGUCCACCUGUGGGGGCCUCCUUCCUGGCCCAAGGGGCUUCCUCAGCAGCCCCAACUACCCAGACCCUUACCCACCCAAUGCUCACUGCGUGUGGCAUAUCCAGGUGGCCACAGACCAUGCAAUACAGCUCAAGAUUGAAGCUCUCAGCAUGGAGAGUGUGGCCUCCUGUCUUUUUGACCGCUUGGAAAUCUCCCCCGAACCAGAAGGCCCCCUUCUCCGAGUGUGUGGGAGGGUGCCUCCCCCCACACUCAACACCAACACCAGCCACCUCCGCGUGGCCUUCGUCUCCGACAGCAGUGUGCAAGGAUUCGGUUUCCAGGCCCGGUACCAGGCUGUGGCUCCUGGGCACGGGAGCUGUGCUCACGACGAGUUCCCCUGCGACCAGCUCGCCUGCCUGCUCCCGGACUCGGUGUGUGACGGUUUUACCAACUGCGCGGACGGCAGCGACGAGAGCGGCUGCAGGGCCGAGUCUGCGGGGUGUGGGGGGAACCUGACUGGGCUCCAGGGCAGGUUCUCCGCUCCCAGCUACCUGCAGCAGUACCCCCACCAGCAGCUUUGCACCUGGCAUAUCUCGGUGCCUGCAGGCCAUGGCAUAGAGCUUCAGUUCCACGACUUCAGCCUGGAAGCUCAGCACGAGUGCAAGUCUGACUACGUGGAGGUGUAUGAGACCAUCGACUCAGGGGCCCUUGGCCUCCUGGGCAGGUUCUGCGGAGCAGAGCCACCCCCUCGCCUCGUCUCUUCGCACCACCAACUGGCUGUGCUUUUUAGGACAGAUCAUGGCAUCAGCAGUGGGGGCUUCUCAGCCACCUACCAGGCCCUCAAUGCCACAGACAACUCCUGUGGGCCUGGAGUGUUCUCCUGCCAGGACGGAGGGUGUAAGAGUCUGCAGUGGAUGUGUGACGCAUGGAGGGACUGCACGGAUAACAGUGCUGACAACUGCAGCAGCCCCUGGCUUCCUGCCCCAGAGCUGGCCUGUGAGCCUGUCCAGGUGGAGAUGUGCAUCGGCCUGAGCUACAACACCACGGCCUUCCCUAACAUCUGGGUGGGCAUGGCCACCCAGGAGGAGGUGGUGGAGGUCCUCAGAGGUUACAAGAGCCUAACAAGUCUGCCCUGCUACCAGAAUUUCCGGAGGCUCCUCUGCGGGCUGCUUGUGCCCCACUGCACCCCGCUAGGCAGUGUCCUUCUCCCUUGCCGUUCCGUCUGCCAGGAGGCAGAGCGCCAGUGCCAGUCUGGCCUGGCACUACUGGGCACCCCGUGGCCCUUCAACUGCAACAGGCUGCCUGAGGCGGCUGGCCUGGAGGCCUGUGCCCAUCCCUGACCCUGAAGCGGGCCCCUGCCCUCUGCCUGCCUAUCUUCCUUUGCUUAUCAGGCUGGCAGGCAGGGAGGGGGGCAAAGGAAAGGGGACCUGCAUGGACUCCACCCUGUGCCCUUGACAAUCUUCCCACCUCACUGCUGUCCCUGAUUUCCUGUCUCCUGCCCUCCCCCUCUCCAUCUGCUUGUUUGGAUUCUCUAUCACCCACCUUCUGACUUUUUUUAUUUAUUCAUUAAAAAUGUAUUGAGUGCUGAAUAAUGUGGCUGGUGCUGUGCUGCUGUUCUAAGUCCUGGGGAUCCGUUUGUCUCUCUGUCUCUAGGAUUUUCCACCCCAGUUCUCGGCUUAUUCUUGCCCUGGACCAGAGGCCCGUCCUCGGCCCCUGUCGCUGCAUCCUCCCUCCUUCAGGCUCCUGGGAGCAGUAGGUGCCCUGAGCGUCUGCUUCUCACAGUGGUGCCGCUCUGUGGCGGGCCCAACUCUCCCCUUCCUUUCUCCUCCCAAACCUUGGCCGGCCGCCGGGCGACACCACGAGUUAUUUCCCUAUUUCCCGGCCUGGAGCUCUUGGCCCCUGAACAACUGGUUUCCUCUUGGAGUCUGGGAGGAGCAGCGCGGAGCCGGCAGGGAGCGAACGGGGACCAGGGGGACGCGGAGGGCAGGGGGCGCCCCGUGGAGAGAAGCGCAGGGGCGGAAGCAGGGGUCACUGGAGGGUCGGGGCAGCGAGCGCCCGGAGGGAGGCCCCCGAGAGCGCAGGCGGCCCGGGGAGCCGGGGAGCC